AUGGCGCCACAAGAGCGAACUCCGUGCGUUGACGAUUCCCGCCAAAACGAAAACAUAGAUAAGCUACCGAGUAUAGACCUAGGCUUCGUGAACAAGGCAUACGAAAGCUCGAACACAGAUAAUGAAAAAAGCACAGAUAAACGAAAAAGGGCCGCCGACUUCGACGACCUUUUGCCGUAUGUCGGCGAAUUUGGUUUAUAUCAGAAAAUUUUAUUUCUCUUGAUGAUACCGUUCGCGUUUUUCGUCGCCUUUGUGUAUUUUUCGCAAAUAUUCAUGACGAUAGUGCCGGAGCAGCACUGGUGCUGGGUCCCGGAAUUGGCUAACUUGACCGUUGAAGAAAGACGAGCUCUAGCCAUUCCGCCGAAGUCCAGCGGGCCCUAUUCACAUGACAGAUGCAAUAUGUACUCCACCAACUGGUCGAUGGCCUUAGCCCAGGGUCGGACGGCCCCUGAUGAUGAAUGGCCCAUAGUACCCUGUGUGACGUGGGAGUACAAUCGGACUGAUGUGCCGUAUGAAACUAUUGCGUCGCAGCUGGACUGGGUAUGUGACAAGGAUAAUAGGCCAGCAACAGCCCAAGCUAUAUUCUUUUGCGGCGCCAUUGUUGGUGGUCUGAUCUUCGGAUGGAUAGCGGACAAAUAUGGAAGGAUACCAGCAUUAGUGGGUACCAAUAUGAUGGGUUUCCUGGCCGGCGUGGGGACCGCCUUCUGUAAUAGCUUUUGGUCCUUUGCGCUUUGCCGGUUUUUGGUUGGACUUGCGUUCGACAACUGUUUUACUAUGAUGUAUAUUUUGGUCUUGGAGUACGUUGGACCAAAAUGGCGUACCUUCGUCGCAAACAUGUCGAUAGCGAUAUUCUUCACUUUGGGAGCGUCCAUCUUGCCCUGGAUUGCGUUAUGGGCUGGUGAUUGGCGACGAUAUGCCCUGGGGAUAAGUAUACCGUUCGUGUUCGCUGCAGCGACGCCGUGGUUGGUGCCUGAGAGUGCAAGAUGGCUGAUGUCUCAAGGAAAAGUGGACAAGGCCCUCAUAAUAAUGAAGAAGUUUGAGAGGAUCAACAAAACCCAAAUCCCCGAAAAAGUGCUUAACGAAUUUACCGAAUCAUCUCAAAAAGCCAUGAAAGAAUCGGAAGCUCAGAAGUCCUAUUCUGUCCUAGAUAUUUUCAAGACUCCUCGUCUUCGUAAAAACGCGAUCCUGCUGAUUAUUAUCUGGAUGGGGAUCUCCCUGGUCUUCGAUGGUCACGUAAGAAACGUGGGUUCCCUGGGCCUGGAUAUCUUUAUGACUUUCACCAUCGCAACUGCUACUGAGUUUCCAGCAGAUACGUUCCUUACUCUCGUUCUUGACAGGUGGGGAAGACGGUGGUUGGCCUGUGGUUCUAUGGUAAUCAGCGGUUUCUUCAGUCUACUGGCGACUACUGUACCUGUUGGUGGGCCAUCAGCAUCUCUGGCUAUUCUUGGACGUUUCGCCAUUAACAUAUCCUAUAAUAUCGGUCUACAAUACGCCGCAGAACUGUUACCGACUGUUGUGCGUGCACAAGGAGUGGCCCUCAUCCAUAUAAUGGGAUAUGUUGCAUCCAUUUUGGCACCAUUUGUCGUUUACUUGGCAACAAUAUCGCCAGAACUUCCGCUUCUGAUCUUGGGGGUUCUGGGCAUUAUCGGUGGUUUCCUCUGUCUUCUCCUACCUGAGACAAUGGACACGGAGAUGCCGCAGACCCUCGCUGAUGGAGAGGAGUUUGGGAAGGAUCAGCGGUUUUGGGAUAACCCUUGUUUUCCAAGAAAAAAGGAGAUAGCACCACAGAAGUCGGAAGAACGUCCGGAAGAACACUUUGUAAGACCCCUCCCUGGAAUUGGUUCCCGGGCCUCCAUCAGGGCUUCAAUUAGGUUAUCGGCGAGAUCAAAGCGAAAUGAUAAUGUAUAA